GAACGUGGGGAAAGAGAGGGGGGAGGAGGAUACUGGACAGGGAAGGUAGAACGAGAGCAGUCCCCUGGCGAGGGACUGAGAGACGAAGGGAUAGAGAGAGGGAGGGAGAGGCACAGAGACAGAGAGAAAAAGAGAGAGAGAGACAGACAGAGAGGGCACUGUUUGAAGGAAAACGGGUGGUGUCUCAGUUGGGGAUGAACUCAGUAUUGAGUAGGAGGGGGUGCAAAGCGCUGGGUUUCUUUCUGUCGCUUGCUGAUUGUAUCGGUGAUUUUAUGUGGCGUUGUAGCGUCCAUCGCCACCAAGUGUUGUUACCAGAUGACCACUUACAGAACAGAAAUGAAUAUGUGUCGCGUCCUUCGCUCUCCUGCGCUCACUCAAGACGUGGUGCUUAGAAGCUGGACAUUCUGAGACAUCAAGUUAGAACUGACAUUUAGACUAUAUUAUAUAUUUCAAUUUGGAUUGACUGUGUUAGACCAAACGGAUUCUCGGUUGUGCAUUUUACUUGAAGGAAGUAAAUUUGUUACUGCAGACAGAGGUAAGGUGUCUAGCAUACUUGGGGGAAUUAAUGUAUUCAUAUUGACAACAUAAACGUGUGUGCUCUGUGAUAAACUACGAGGAGUUCAAGAAAUUCGGAAUACACGGCGACAGCGGGCUGUGUAUGAGAGAGCGCGCGGCUUUCCCCCCGUCCAAGAUGGCAGAAGGUGCGAACAAUAUGGGAGGGGGCGGAGGGCAUCAGUCCCCCAGACAAGCGACCCCUGACCCUCGUUUACCUCUGACCCCGAUGCAAGUGUUCAAGUUGAAAAAGAACUGGAAGGGAAUCAAGAGGAGACUGGAGGAUACGGGAGUGGAGAUGUUGAUCAG